AAUCCACCACUGUUGGGUACAGCUCUAACGUACUAAAUAAACAAACUCGGUACGUAGUCUCGCUGAAUGAACUAAGUCGAAUCAUAUAUAUCAUGGCAUUAUUCAAUCCAGUAGUUACAGAGGCUGUCCAAAACGAACCAGUCAUUGGUCAGCACUAUCUAGAGUGUGGCACUGAAGGCUGUGAGAAAAACUGCCAGUUUUACUGCAAUCUAUGUCACCGACCAUUGUGUGAACAAUGCAGAGAUGAACAUUAGAAGAGUCCAGGAACUAAGAACCAUGAAGUGGUUCCUUAUAGACAACGCAAAAGACAACUUCCUGAGGAGAAAUGUAAAGUUCACCAAAAUAAGGAUAUAGACAUUAUUUGUGAGGACUGCCAGGUUCCAAUGUGUUCCAAAUGCGCAAUGCAAGACCAUCGAAAACACGCACUGAACGAUUUAGAGACAAUUUACUCAGAGAGAUUCACUCUUUGUCUUGAGGAGAUCUAUAAAAUCCAUCAGUAUUUUCUCCCAACUUCACAAGAAAUACAGAAAGACGUUAUGAAAGAUAUCAAAGAAAUAAAAGCAACCAUGGAUAAAAUACGAACAUCCAUAAAGGCUGAAGCCGAUAUUCUUAAAAGUCUGGUAGACACAGUCACUUCAGAUAAAAUAGAACAAAUCAACAAAAUGGAAGGGGCAUAUAUAGAAAAAAUUCAGAGCCAAGACGCCACAUGCAAAAAUUAUGUCUCCUAUCUGGAAGAUCUUGUCAAAGAGUUCCAUGGAUACCUGUCCUCUGCUAAACUUCAAAACAAUCCACUCAUUUUCUCACUUGUUGACCGCUUUAAUAUCCAACCCAUACCAGAGACCACAAAAUCAGUCCCUCCAGUGUUUACUGCUGGUCAACACAGCAAGGAGGAUGUCACCAAACUACUGGGUAGAGUAACUGUUCCUGAAACAAAACCAGAGAACAGGGAGAUAAAAUCCAUGGAGACGGCCUCUACACAUUUGAAACCUACAGAGAAAAUGAAACAAGAAGGAGAGAAAUCUGACGUGAAAAAAACAUUGUCUUUGUCUUUCUUUGUCACCAAGGUUAGGGAGUACACAGUACUAGGUGUUCUCAAUCUAUCUCAUUUAUCACAAGGCAAAUCAGGUAGAUUCUGGUGUAGUGAUCAUCGUGAUACACUUGUCCAAACAGAUCUUCAAUGGAAUCAACUACAGAAGAUACAAACCAAUGGUGGAUAUGGCUACCACACAGUCACACAGGACGGGGAUCUGAUCUAUAAAGGCAAUAAGAAAAAAGUCAUCAAUAGGAUGACACCAAAGAAUGCAGUCACUGAAUUAAUUAAAACAGGAUACUGGGAAUCAAUCAGCAUACACUCCUCCCACAUCAAUUGGGACAUACUGGCGGGGAUGAAAAAGAAAGGAGAGGCUAAAGUCACCAGGUACAACAAGAUGGGAGAAGAAAUACAGAACAUACAGAGAAACAGCAAAGGACAGAAACUGUAUGGUGAUCCACACUACAUCACAGAAAACAUCAAUGGUGAUAUCUGUACAUCGGACUAUAACAAAAAAGCUGUAGUGGUAGUGAAUAAAUCAGGUCAACACAGGUUCUCCUACACGGGUCAGGGGUCGAGUUUUGAUGCUUGGGGUAUCUGUACUGAUCUCCUUGGUCACAUUCUUGUCUGCACCACUCCUGUCUUUGAUUUCCUCGGAACAGACAACAAAGACACAGUGUAUCUCUUGGAUCAGGACGGUCAGUUCUUGUCUCGACUACUCACACCACAACAAGGUAUAAACAAUCCCCGUGGUCUGUGUGUGGAUGACGAGGACAAUCUCCAUGUAGGACAUAGGGACACAGACACAGUGACAGUGUACAAAUAUAUACAGUAAUUGUUUGUUUUGUUCAAGUAUUUUCAGGAAAUCCGUAAAUUAAGAAAAAAAAAACAACCUUUCCUCGAGGUGGUAGCAAACGUUCGACCUUUUGAUCAGUAGUUGAGAGCGUACUGUGCUAUAAAACCUGUUAAGAAAAGUAAAGUACAAUUUUGUCAUCUACUCUAUUUUAAUGAUGAAGGGAGCACAUGGUGAUCUCCGGAAUAUCCAUCUUUGAUAACCAAAGUAUCUCUAAAAUAAUUUUAGGAACGUCGCUAGGAUGCAUAGGGAAAAAAUAUACACUAAAAUAAUAAACAAAAUUGGAAAUUUGAUUUGAAUAAAAUCUUCUGGGUAUUAAUUUUAUCAUGGUUAUCAGAUUCUAUCCUAGUUGUGGAUUAGACAACAAGACUUAAGCAUGGGAUUAACAGAAGCGUUUGAUACAAUCUAUAAACAGUACACGACGAAAUUCCAAUUGUUAGUAUUAGAGUUACGUUCAGAUUUCUUAUUUGACAGUAUUAUAUCUUAAAUUUUCAAGUUGGACUGACAGAAAAUAUAGGCUUAAAGAACAUAUCUUCCAUUUUUCCAUUUGAUUGUUUAUAUAUAGGAUUCGGGGGUUGGAUUUUUCUGCAUUGAAUGAUCAAGCACGACAAUCAAAUCUCAAAAGAUGAAACUUGAUGUCUUUGUUAAGAAAUCGUAUUUAGGUCUGAUCUUUGGCACAUUGUCGCACGAGAGUGUAAGAAUGAAGUCUUAUGUCUUAAUUUAACUAGAACUGUCCUAAUGGGACUUAUACCCCCACAAGGCUUAUUUCAAAUGGGACAAAUAAUUGAAUUGAAUAAUAAAGGUUUAAAACACAUACAAAUAAAAAAAUUCUAGAAUUGUAAAAAAAAAAAUAGUUAACAAGGAAAAAUUAAAAUCAAAAUUGUCAGAAUUUCAAUGUAAAUACAUAUUUAUAACAAUCAAAAUUGUCAGAAUUUCACUGUAAAUACAUAUCUAUAACAGUAAUACAUUUACGAAUGUAUGUAUCUGAAGAUAUUCUUUUUUUAAUUAUUUUAAAGAAAAACCAACAAAAUGACAAUAACCCCUCCCUUUGCAGUAAAUGGAAAUACCGGUAGCCAAGCAAUGCUCUUCUGUUGAUAAAACUUUGAAUAUCUUUCUAAUAAAAGUCUUGACAGAUGCAAUUAGUUGUUUCAAAUUUUUCUCACUUUCUCCUAUGGAACAAUGGAACACCAUAUCAGAAAAUUGAUCCCAUAGGACUAUGA